AUGCAAAUACCAAGCUCUUCCUCCCAACGAGCUCAAGACUCUGUCAACUGCUUCCUCCGCUCGUACUUCACCUCCGAUGCAGGCUCGCGACUUGAACCAGGCUUUCUCUCCUUUCUUCCCCGUUUGCUUCCAUCUGGACAUUACCGACAACUUGAAGGCCACAAGGCUUGUUUCUUCCUCGUCAAUGCAGGCCUUCCAUUCGCAGUCGUUGCGAACUUGAAACUUGAAGUCUUGCUCCGCUACGAGCCCAUCGCGGGGAUGGUUGUCGGUGACCUCGAUGCCCUAACCGUCAAGGUUCGUGCUGCCGCUAUUUUGGAGCAGCUCUGGGCGUUAGUUCCUCCUUGGGUUUUAGCUCCUCAUUGGCAGCGGAGAGCUAAAGUGGUUGGUGCGCGGCGCAUAGAGCGCGCGCGAGCGAGGUCUCAAGCUUCGUGGACCCCCGCGAUCCAAACCCUCGCCUUACAGGUCUCCGCCCCAAUAUCCAUGAACGUUGUGGGAAGACGGCACCGCUGCGGCUUGAUCAAUUUGCCGAGCACGACUCCAUCGAAUGCGCUGCGCCUGAUGCAAGGGAGCUUAAAGCCGGCUGUCUCAGCCGAGAAGACCCCCCGUCCCCGAAAACCUUUGUGUUGCGCCAAAGCAGCCUUGCCCGUUAACGUUGACGUCGGGGACGUCGGCGCCUGCUGUGCGAGUGAAGAACGCCAAGCGGGACCGCCGCUCGAUGGCAAGGUUGGUGUUCCCGCCCUUGAACAACGCCCCGACCCAGGCGUGCUUCGGACACACGCGUUGCGUCCACACAGAAGAAUGUCCAUCAACAUCUCCCUCCGGGACCUCGAUCUCGCCGAACUGCGUCCAUGGCUACGGCCCCUCGAUCGCGCCGUGAUCAGGACGGGCAUGAAGCAGACGAUCGACUUCUUCCACCGCCGCGUGCCCGACCUGGACGAUCCGCGCUGGCUGACGGUCGAACGGCAGAACCUCUACGACGUGGAGCACGUCAUCCAGCUAGAAGUCGCAGAGUGCAACUUGAAUGAGAAAAACUGGAUUGCCAACGACAAACUCGUUGUACAACUGUACGAGGAAAGAUUCGUGCGCCUCGGGUUCAAUGGUAGCCCCGAGAAAGAGUCGGAAGGUGAGGACGAGGGCAGCGAAGGCGGCCAGCCUGGGGGCGGCAGCAUUGUCGGUGACGGCGCGGAGAGGCAACGCCAGGCGAGAGCAGUUUUUCCGAGUACAUUCAGAGAGACGACGCGCAUUGACGAUAUCGCAGUGUUCAAGUAG